CCCAAAGCUGUUUGAUAUACGGACUAAUUUUCUGAUUCAGCAAUUAGUCAACUAAUAACAAAUCGCUUUAAAAGAGGUUAGGUAGUCUUACAAAGAAAAUAGCUUUAUCUCCUGUACAUAUUGCAUAAUGUUGCUCAAUAUGAUACGCGGACGAGCGGUGAGUUGUCAUCAUCGGUAUCACAGUCAAUGUCACGUACAUCGUGUGACGAAUCAGUACGCGACGGUACUCGUAACGGCGCUAAUGUAAAUUGUAUAAAGACGAUUAUGAUCCGUAUCCUUUGUCGUGUAUUAACUUCGCCGAUAAUCUCAUCAAGAAUUGGGAUGCGCGCGAAUCAUGCCAUAGCCGAUGUUUUGAUGGAGCGAGUGCCCUUUUCAAGGGAUUUUCUGUUUCGCCAGUUUUUUGAUCCAAUAUCGAGCACAUAUACAUAUUUGCUGGCCGAUAUCAACGAUAAGGAAGCAAUUUUAAUUGAUCCAGUUGUCGAAUGGGUUGAACGUGAUAAAAAAAUCAUCGAGGAACUGGGAUUAACGUUGAAAUAUGCCCUCAACACGCAUAUGCACGCAGACCAUAUCACCGGGACGGGUCGACUGAAGUCACUGUUGCCUGAUUGCAAAUCCAUGAUAUCGCGCAGUAGCGGUGCCGAGGCGGACGUACUCCUGGAGCCAUACGAUCACAUUCAAUUCGGCAGACACCAAUUGAAAGUGGUGCCCACUCCAGGUCAUACCGAAGGUUGCGUCACGUACGUUUGCGAUGAGCAGGCAAUCGCGUUCACGGGAGAUGCACUCUUGAUACGAGGAUGCGGCAGAACAGAUUUUCAGGGCGGAUCCGCAGCGAUUCUGUAUAAAUCCGUUCACGAGAAGAUAUUGAGUUUGCCGGAAUAUUAUCGACUAUAUCCGGCGCAUGAUUACAAUGGCAGAACCGUCACUACUGUGGCAGAGGAGAAGGCUUUCAAUCCUAGACUAUCCAAGUCGCUCGAGGAGUUCGUCGACAUUAUGAAUCAUCUGAAUCUUCCUUAUCCCAAGAUGAUUGAUAAAGCUGUACCGUCCAACAAAGUUUGCGGUUUGUAUGAGGUUGAAAAAGAAAAGAGCGAGCAGUGAGAAUCAUCGACAGCAUUCUAGGCAACACAGUAGCACAUCAGUAUUGAAGCUUUAUUUAUUAUACUUGGAUAAUAAUACCAGAUACCUAUAUCUAAUAGUCAUUAUUAAUACAUAAUGAAUUGUGUGAUUAUUUCUGAUUUUUUAAAUAUUUUAUUAUGGAGAGCGGUAUAAUUAACGUAUAUAUAUAUAUAUAUAAAGUAUAAUCACACAUAUCUUGUAAGUUUUAACUCAACUUAGUCUUAGAGCAAUAAACUUUACAAUAUGAUAUUAUUAUAAUACACAAUGAUUUUUAAUAUAUAAUUCACGUUGUUAUCGUUGUAUUAUUUUCUUCUACUAUGUGUGUUGAGUUCAAAAAAUUCAAGCUUGUUUGUCGGGAAAUGCAUGUGUUGAAAAGCGUGAAAUGACGGUGUUAUUUUGAAUAAAACGGUCAAUUGAGAAUUUGUCAACAAUA